AUCGACCACUCACUCGCGUCAAUUUGGGUCAGGUUUAUGCAGCUUGUUUCAGUACCGGCAACGUCUGCAUCUGCACAUCGUCUGUCCGAACUCGGCGUGCGCACUGAGUUCUAGCCUAUUCUCCUUGAUCGUCUCAGGUCGGAGGUUGCUCGCGAUUCAGCUGCUGGUUGGACGCCUUAACUUGAUUCUCGAGGGCUGAUUGUAUGGCGGACGCGGAUACCUCGCGACUAUGUGCACAAAUUAUACAUUCACAAUUUGGUCCGCUCACUGCAACCGUAGCAUCUGUGCUACUCACACAUGGCCGGCUGACUCUGUCUCAGAUAGUUCGCUUAUCCGGACUGAGACUGAGAACGGUCCGUGCAGCCAUCCUUGUUCUCGUGCAGCACAACAUCCUAUGGCACUCACACUCGGACGAUGAGGGAGAGGUUCUGGAGAUCAACAUCGACGAAUGUCUCAUGAGGCUGCGCUUUGGGCGGUACGUCUGGCAGGCAGAGCAGUUGUUUGGGAAGGCGGGCGCAGAAAUUGUUCAACUGAUCUUGGAUCAUGGCAAGCUUCGCCCUCCAGACAUCAUCUCUCGUCUGUCCGCGUAUGACCUCAUCAAAGGACCCGCGUUAUAUUCGCAAGCGCUGCAUAAACUAGUUGACGGGUCCUACCUGAGGCCGUCCACUGUUCUCUCUCAUAUUUCUCCGCGUGAUAAACGUAUCCGAUACGAGGCGGAAGAAAAAGCCAAGGUUUCCGGUUUUCCUACCGCAAAGGAGCUUCGUCAAGUCAAGGAAAUUGCAGAAGGUCGACUUCGGAGAGAGGAAGAGGAAGCAGAGCAAAUCGGCAUGAAGCGGAAAGCGAAAGAUCAAGCAGGGAAGCCACCUAAGCGCAAAGCACUAGAUAAGGACGUUGUUGAUGACAGCGUGUACUUCCGAGUGAACUACGAAAGGUUCAAUGUACAUAUUCGCAACAAGCUGAUCGAGUUUGCGGCAACCGAACGCUUCAAUCCGUCUGCUGGCCUUGUUAUCCGGGCCGCGCUCAAAGCGACAGAGGCGAAACAGGUCAGGUUGACAGAUGUCCGAACAGAUCCCACGUCGUUUGCAAAUAUCGCGAUGCAGCUAUCUGAUGACGACGACCUUUCGGAAGGACUUGUGAUACAGUCAUCAAAAAAACCGUCCAAUACCUCGCUCAUGAGGGAGUUCCUUGCCAUCCUGGCUUCUGCGGAUAAUCCAACACCGGCUGGACGAGCAGCCUCGUUUGUGUCAGCCAAUGGGUCGAAGGUGCAGGUGGAAUUCGACAUCAUCGCACGGCGGCUAAGGCGACGUGUGUUGGAAGCUAUUGCGCGAGAGCGCCAUGGGGAUGAUGGCGUGCGGAUCUUCAGGCUUCUGCUUGACACAGGUAAAAUGGAUGAGAAGCAGAUUUCGAAGAUCGGGAUGAUGGCAAAUAAGGAUGUCCGUCCACUCCUGACAUCGAUGUCUGCCGACUCGUUGAUUAGUCUACAAGAAGUUCCCAAAAGCGCAGACCGCAAUCCUACGAGGAUGUUCUAUCUCUGGUACGUCGAUCUACAAAAGGCCUGCGUGGUCAUCCUGGACAACCUGUACAAGACAUUAUACAACAUUGCGAUGCGAAGGCGAGCAGAAGAGGAGGAGCCGGUGGUUAAGGCUGUACUCGAGAAGCGGCAGCGUAGUGAUGUAAGCCAGGACGAAGAACGGUUGCUGACUCGUAACGAGCGCGAGGUUCUCGCGCACUGGGAGCAGAAGAGGGAGAAGCUGACCGUUCUGGAGAUGCGCGUCGAGGAAGCUGUAUUCAUUCUACGUGACCUUGCACCACUAGGAAACAAUGAUGAGUAGCCAGACUUCCGUGGACCCCUCUGUGUGCAGCAAUAUGAACGGGCCCUCAUUAUGGUACGUGUUUUCGAUUGAUCCUCUCAUGGCUCACGCGCAAUAUAGGAGGUCAUGUUGGGCAACGCGCGUGUGCCGCGCGCGCAUCAGCGAGCACACAUCGCGUGUCCGAGUGCACAAGUCGCACGAAGCAGCUGGC